GAGCUAAGCGUGGCUCUGUACAGGCACCUGCUUGGCCUUCAGGAGAGCGAAGGCAGCCUGGACCAGCCUGCAGCUGGGAAGGAUCUGAACCUUCUGUGCUGUGACAUUGACCCAGUGUUGGUUGAGAGGGCUCAGCAGUGCAGCCCCUUUCCUGCCUCCAUAUCCUUUGCCAACCUGGACAUCAUGGACUCCAGUGCCAGGGAGCCGUUCCUGAGCUCCUACCUGGGCCGUUUCGGCCGCUCUGCCUUUGACAUCGUUUUUUGUAUGUCUGUGACCAUGUGGAUCCACCUGAACCAUGGGGAUAGCGGCCUGGUGGAGUUCCUGUCCUUCCUCUCCUCUCUGUGCAAGUACCUGCUGGUUGAACCUCAGCCGUGGAAGUGCUACCGGGCAGCCGCGCGCCGCCUGCGGAAGCUGGGCAGGAAUGACUUCGAUCACUUCCGAUCUCUUGCCAUCAAAGGGGACAUGGCGGAGAGGAUCACCCAGAUCUUAACAAAGGACUGUGCCAUGGAGCUGGUGUGUUGCUUUGGGAGCACCAGCUGGGACAGAAGCCUCUUGCUUUUUAAAUCCAGUGGCUCAAAUCCCGCGGGCAGGGAGUCUUCCGAACAGGAGUGA